GAAGUGGAACAAACGAAGGAGUUAACACCUGGGGCAAACUGACGUAAAAAUUAACAUUAACACGGUACGUACUUGCAAUCUGAACUUGGCUACGAAUAUGAGCGAAAACGCAUCAGUGUGAAUCGCGCGUGCUCACAGUUUUGACGGCGGUACCACACGGUUGGCAACACGGCAGUACAGGUUUUACAGAAUAGCAGCAGCCGAAUAUGAAUUCAAAGGAACAAGGCAGCCGAACAAGUAAUUCUCCUGUACAGGAGUUUUACAACGGCCAGAGCGUCCUGGUGACAGGGGCCACAGGAUUCGUAGGCAAGAUUGUGGUGGAAAAACUGCUUCGCUCGUGCACAGGAAUCGCACAAAUAUUCCUACUCAUCAGAGAAAAGAAAGGCCAAGGAAUCGACGAAAGAAUGGCGUCUUUGCUUGACAACCCAGUGUUCGACAAGGUCCGCCAUGUUGAAGGGAGCGACGGUGUGAAGCUGCUGGACAAGUUGGUAGCAGUGAGAGGGGACAUGGGCGAGCCCGGACUGGGGCUGACCCCAGAGGACAGACAACUGCUGUGUGGCCAGGCGACCACGGUGUUCCACGCAGCGGCCAGCGUGAGAUUCGACGAGGACUUGGAGACGGCCGUGAAGAACAAUGUGUGGUCCACCGAGGAGAUGAUGCGACUCGUCAAAGACAUGAGCAACUUGAAGGCAUUUGUUUAUACAUCAACAGCAUACUCUAACUGCAUAUUCAGUGAAAUUCAAGAGAUUGUUUACAAUUACAGAACGGAGCUCUCUUCAGUUUACCCGAAGCCGCUUUCACUUAAUACAAACAUACCAAUAUCAAACGAGUUUCUUAAACGAUGGCCAAACACUUACACCUUGUCUAAAGCUCUGGCAGAAAUUGUAGUCGAAGACAACUGUAAAGAAAUGUCGGCGGCUAUUUUGAGACCUUCUAUCGUGAUAGGCGCAUGGGAGGAUCCUCUCCCCGGUUGGCUGGACAGCCUGGCCGGACCUGCGAUGUUCAUCGCAGGCAACUUGCUUGGUUUACUGCACUUGGUGCACAUUGAGCGAGGUGUCCUGAGUGACACCGUGCCUGUGGACUGCGUGGCCUCCGCGGCCAUAGCUGCUGCCUGGGAGGUGUCCUCGGUCCGGGAGAGAGGCAUGCCAAGGGUGUAUAACUUGGUGUCUGGGAAUGCCAACCCCAUCGAGUGGGACUGUUUCCUGCUCCUGGUCAUGGAUACCAUUAGGCACAUGCCAUCCAUCAAUGCAAGAUGGUACACAUUCUCAUUGGUGUGCCACUCGAGAGUAACAUACACAUUGCUGGACAUCGUGAUGCAGAUGGUGCCGUCGCUACUGAUGGAUAUACCGGGCCUCCUCCUGAAAGGCCAGCACAGACACUUGGAUCGUUACACCAAGAUUAAGUCGAUGUUGUCCAAAGUUGGUUGGUUUGGACUCCGUCAGUGGAAGUUCGAAGAUGGGAAUGUGAUUCGCCUGUUAAACAAAAUGACCUCGAAUGAUCGCCAGACAUUUAAUUUCGACUUGCGAGAGAUAGAGUGGAAGUCGCUUGUGCAGAAUUACGUGCUGGGAGUCAGAAGGUAUUUGCUGAAAGAAGCUGACGAAACUAUCCCUCAGAGCAGGAAGCGGAUGUACAGAUUGUUCUUACUGCACUACUCUUUGACUGCAGUUAUCGCUAUAAUUAUUGCUAUUCCUGUACUGAAAAUCUUUUGGAAGACCAUCGUUCACCGUCUGAUUUAUUUAUCUUACUCUGUUAAGCUAAAAUGAUUGCAAUGAAAGACAAACGGACAAUUAUAUAUAAUAGUUUUGAUUGUUGUAGUUAUUUGCGGAAUAUUAUUGAAUUUUAUUGUGUAUAGAUAAUACUGGCAGAAUAAAAAUACAUUUGGAUUCAUUUUGUUAAAAAAAAAAGAUCUAACAUUAAUAUGGUGAAAAACAAUAAAACUUUACCUAUA